UUUUAAUUAAUUUCUUGUCUUUUAACUUGCUAACACCUUAGUGGUGAAAUUAUAGAAACUGAAUUUUUAUAGCGGUUCUCUCUUAAAUAUUGCGGCGUGGAUGUAUGUCUCCAAUAGAGCACCAUUAUCAACACUCCCAAAUUUUAUACCACCACUACCGAAUCGUCUAUUUAAAUACAAUUGUAGCCCAUUGAACCAACAAACCAGAGAUAUACUAUGACAUACGAAGAGAAAUUCGAUUCAACUUUGGACUUGUUAAGAAGAUUAGAUCCCAAGUCCAUCACUAAGAAUCUUAAUGAUAUAUGUACUAUUAUUCAAAAUAAUGAUAGUGAUGGGUCAGGAGAAGAAUUAGUUCAAGAUUUAUUAUCAUCAGUAGAUACUCCAUUGAAGGUAGGCAAGUGUAAAGAUUCAGGAAAAGAUUUUUUAUGUUGUGAUUAUAAUAGAGAUGGAGAUUCAUAUAGAUCUCCAUGGUCUAAUAAGUAUUAUCCUACACCUCAAUCUGAUGAUGAUCAACCUCCACCAUUCCCUUCCAAUAUAUUAAGAGAACUUGAAAUUAAAGCCAAUGAUAGUUUUGAUAUUUAUCGUGAUUUGUACUAUGAAGGUUCAGGAAUAUCUUCAGUAUAUUUAUGGGAUACAGCUGAUGAUGAUGAAAAUACUUUACAGGAUGGAUUUGCUGGAGUAGUAUUAAUUAAAAAGGAGACUGAUGAUGGUUCAGGUAAAUGGGAUUCUAUUCAUGUAUUUGAAAUUACUCCUGAAACUUCAACUUCAUACUCGUAUAAAUUAACCACUUCAGUCAUACUUGAUUUACAGAAUCAAAAAUUAUCGUCAUUAUCCUUAUCAGGAAGUUUAACUAGACAAAUUGAGACUACUCAAAGUAUUGAAAUUGAUGGAUCUACUAGCUUAGCUACCAACCAUUUAAUUAAUUUAGGUACUUUAGUGGAAAAGUCCGAAUUUAACGUUAGAAACUUAUUACAAGACGUAUACUUUGAUAAGCUUAAGGAUGUAUUAUUGAAGGAUUUAAGAUCAGUAGGAGAUGUGGGAGAAAAGAAGCUAGAGGAUUUACGACAAUCAGAAGUCAUUAAGGGCUUACAAACAUUAUGAAGUAUUUGUUUAAAUAAAUCUUAAAAUAUAAUACAUAUUAAGAACAUCU